AUGGCUCCACGCCGUAGCGGACGACCAACCGAUGCAUCGGUAAUGACACCUUUAUCCGAUGAUUCUGUCGAUGACAAUUUACAUCAAUCGAAGCCCCAAAUCUCUACCGAACUAUUGCAGCAGCUUCGUGAGCAGAUCACAAGUGAACUACGCGCUCAGCUAUUAGGGGAUAAGCCCAAUACCCCGCGAAAUAGUGAUCUCAAUGAGGAACGGGAGCGGAUUCGAAAACUGGCGAAGGAAAGGCUUGCAACAAAGCCAAUCCAACUUCAUGGUCGCGACGACUACAUCAAAUGGAGAGAAUCAAUACUUUCUGAUGCGUACAUGAUUGAUGCCACGUAUAUUCUUGAAGAGAAUCAAGAAUCUUCACCCUUUGUGGAUGCCAUCGAUACAACCCGAUGGGAUAAGCAAAACGAAGUUCUUUAUACAAGACUUCUACAAUCCAUGAGCCCACACAUCAAAGCAACCAUCAACUGGGGAGACACUACUAGUGCAGCUGCACUAUGGUCCCAAAUCAAUAUAGUCUAUGGCAUCUCUCUCGCAGAGGAGCGCCUAAUGACGGUCAAAGCGCUAUUGGAUUUAAAUCCGCAAGGCGACUAUGUGAGCAUGAUAUUCGACUACCAACGAAUUAUCUCACGACUAGGGAAAAUGGAUAUGUCCUUCGAUGACUUUUGCCAUGAUUACCUGAUCUGUCUACUUGGCCAAUGGCAGCAGCAUUUCUUACGAACGAAGCUAGAUGAAUUGUAUGCUUGCGGUCGUGGACCGAUCCAGAAUCUCGAUAUCAAGACCUUUAUCAAUCAAUUGGUCGCGAGAGCUCAACAGAGCACCAAAGGGCAAUACCUACCGCAAAAUCCACAAGAAUUCAAGCUUGAGGAUAAAUAUCGGACGAGUCCCCCAAAAACCACAAGGUCAGAUCAGAAGCCGAAAUCUGGAUCACAACCACAGCAGCACUCAGAGCCAAAGAAACAGAAGAAGCUCUGCGAGCACUGCGGUAGAGGAUACCAUAAGAGCACAGAGCUUAUCGUACGGAAUCCGCAGGCGAAUGCAGUUCGCGCGCUCCCAGUGACUCCACAAUGGAUUCUAGAUACAGCCGCUUCAAAGCACAUGACUUCCAGAAAGGAUCUAUUUAUUCAAUUAGAUGAUCCUAAGCCUUCACUGUCUGACCAAUUUGACGAUGCGGGCGGGCGAGUACAUACCGUGGCAGGAUACGGCACUAUACAGAUCAAUAUCGAUGACAUCAAGCUCACCGUGCCAGACGUUCGCUACAUCCCUACAAUUGCUUCGGAUCUUUUGUCAUUUCGCCAAUUAGAUCAGCAGGGAUUCCAAAUUUCAUUAUCUAAUGACUCGCCAAAGCAUUUCCGCUUCCAAUCGCCGGACGGUACAAGAUUCGAUGCGCUUCCGCACAUUGACAAUCAGACCUAUUACCUUGCGAAGCCACAAACCCACCAGCUUAUAGCUAAGGUUACGACUCGAGGGGAGGCUCGUACACGGUCAAAUCUGACGAUCACCACCAGCCCACAAGAGCCUGAUCCCAAGGCUCUCACGAUGACAGAAUGGCAUCAACGCCUAUCACAUCUGAACCCACGCGAUAUCUUGAAGCUCGCGAAAGCUUCAAUCAUCAAGAUCAAAGGACGAAAGACCCUACCGUUCUGCGACGUCUGUAGACAAGCCAAGCAGACUAGACGGAUCAACAAAACUACCGCAUAUAGGGCAACGAAGCCUCUCUCCCGUGUACACAUUGAUAUCGCAGGGGGAGGGCGGACGCUUGCAUGCGACGAUGAUCAGGUCCCUCCGGGCACGAAGGGAAUUCGGUAUUUCGCGCUCAUCACGGACGAUGCCACUAGAUAUCGAUGGAUCUAUUUCCUUCGUAAUCGAUCAGAAGCAGUCGCGGCAUUCGCACAAUGGCUCGAGCACAUGAAAAAUCAAGGUUUCGGUGCACCUGCCUUCGUACGAUCAGAUCGCGAGUUUGUCACAGAAAAUGUCCGACAAUUAUGCCUCAAAUAUGGCAUCAAUUGGGAACCUACACCAGCAGAGUCACCAUGGGAAGAUGGUGUAAGCGAACGGAGCAACCGAACUAUCUAUGAGAAAGCCAGAGCAAUGCUCUUCGAUUCAGGACUUCCUAAAUUUCUUUGGAAGGAAGCCCUCGACUCAGCUAUCUACAUGAUGAAUCGACUCCCUACACGUAUCCCUUUGUACAAUGACCCUACACCAGGUGGGACAACCGCGAACCAUGCUAUCCAGCAAUCGGUCUAUACCACGCCGUACACAGCGUGGACAAAUUCACCUUCAGAUAUCUCCUACAUACGGAAAUUUGGGUCAAUCGCGUGGAUCCAUCUACAUGGUCCGGACAAGCCAAAAGGCAAGGUCGAUGCGCGAGCAAAGAAAACGCGUCUAGUGGGCCAUACCUCGCCUACCAUCGUCCGGGUUUGGGACCCAGAAAAGAAUACUGUGAAGACAGUCAACAAUGCUGUCAUCGACGAACAUUUCGAACCUCCAACGUCUAUCAAUCAAGAGGAUUCUCCGACUACUCCGCCUACCGUCAAAUCGGACGACCAACCCCUUACAGACGGCGAGCUUAUAUCGAUCAUUCAACUCCAAAAUCAUUCAAAGCAGCUACCCAAAGCGCCGAAUCAGCCCAAUGGCGUGCUGCAAUGCAAACAGAAAUCGACCUUCUAA